UGACAUCUAUGCGAUUAUCUUUAGUUAAUUUAAAGGAAAAUUUGAUUUGAACUCUGAUUGAAGUUUUCGGGCUAGUCCGUUCUUUUUACGUGAAUGUCCCUCAAAUUGUCGCUUCUCAUUUAAUUCAGUUGUGAUCUCUAGAGAUUGUCUCUAAUAUGGCUGCUUCACAACCUACUGGUGCACCUAAUUCUGGACAGGCUACAGAACAAAAUUUAUAUGAAGAGUUCCAUAGGUCGUUUGUAGAUUUGUUUGGUCCAUUGCGAUUUGACUUUGAAAAUCCACCUAACCCUAGUGUAGAGAACCAUAGAGCUGCUGUGGAGCAUUUAGUUCCUAAAUUUGCUGAUAAUGCUCGAGCAAUGGAACUUUAUUUUGUAAGGUGGAAAACGAUUUUUGGAAACCUUAACCCUGAUGAAUUAGUUAAAGAGGAAAUUUGUGAAAUGGAGGCCGAAAUAAGGAGAAAAGACGCAUUGCUAGCAAAGAUAUAUGAAAAGUUGGGUGAAUGGAAAACCACUUUUACUAACGAAGCUAUGGAACAAAAGAAAGAUCAAAAUGAAGAAAACGCGAGUUUACUGAAUUGAAUAGAGUUUAAAACAAAAUUCAAACACGAAUAAAGAAUCAAAAUUUCAUUCGGUGA